AAGGCCGGCCCGUAAGACGCGGAAGGGGAAGAUGGCGGCGCCGAGUGUCCCCACGCCAUUGUACGGGCACGUGGGUCGUGGGGCCUUCAGCGACGUGUAUGAGCCAGCGGAGGACACGUUCCUGUUACUGGACGCGCUCGAGGCGGCAGCAGCAGAGCUAGCAGGAGUGGAACUAUGCCUGGAAGUAGGAGCAGGAUCUGGGGUGGUGUCUGCAUUCCUGGCCUCCAUGAUCGGUCCUCAGGCCUUGUACAUGUGCACCGAUAUCAACCCCGAGGCAGCUGCAUGUACCUUGGAAACAGCGCGCUGUAACAGAGUCCACCUUCAGCCAGUAAUUACAGAUUUGGUCCAAGGCUUGCUGCCCAGAUUGAAGGGGAAAGUAGACCUGCUGGUGUUCAACCCCCCUUACGUCGUGACUCCGCCUGAAGAGGUUGGAAGCCACGGAAUAGAAGCAGCUUGGGCUGGUGGCAGAAACGGCCGGGAAGUCAUGGACAGGUUCUUCCCACUGGCCUCACAACUUCUCUCCCCAAGAGGGCUGUUCUACUUAGUUACCAUAAAAGAAAACAAUCCAGAGGAAAUCUUUAAAAUAAUGAAGACAAGAGGACUACAAGGAACCACGGCACUUCGCAGGCAAGCAGGCCAAGAAACCCUGUCAGUCCUCAGGUUCAGCAAGUCCUGAAAGCCACUGAAGUAAAUAAACUAGCUACCGGCAGCUGAACACUCAGUAGGUUUGAGACUGAUGCCAUUCCCUGGCCAAGAAGUUUUACCAAAAUUUGUCAUUUAAAGAAAAAGUGGAUCCAAGUGGUGGUGGCAUAGGCAUUCAGGAGACAGAGGCAGGGGGUCUCUAAGUUCAAGGCCUGGUCUACAGAGUGAAUUCCAGAGAAACCAAAACCAAACAACGAACUGGAAGGAAAA